AGCAGCAAUGAACGACGCCUUUGAAAGGAAGUCUGUCCCUUCCAGUCCCAGAAAAGAACCAGCAAGCUUUUUCAAAGUGCCUGGUGAAGGUAAAUACGAGAAUAAGCAGUUUUUCGACAGUUCAGUGAGACAAACUACUGCUGCAACAACUUCUGCUUCAAAGGAUCCCCCAAACCGUGAAAAUUCAAGCUCUUCGAAUACUUCAAGAUCUAGUUAUUAUCCGUAUUUACGAAAAGUGAAGCUUUCUUUGGUCACAGUACCUCGCGAAAGUUUGACGUCAACAGAAAAUCCGUUGAAGGAAACAGCAGAGGAGAGCUCGUUGAGAAGAUUAGGAAGUACAGUCAGUCGUACGUUGAGUAAAAGCACCUUUCAGGAUAUGGAGUUGAGCACAAGUCAAGUCGAGUCUGUUGUAUCUGGAAGUGAUGUCAGCGUCGCUUUUGUCAACUACGGAACCUCCUUAUUUGCUUUUAGAUUGCAAGACAAUCCGGAAAAUGCAAGUUGUGAUAAGGACGACUUCACUUUAAUGGAAAAAGGUUCGAAGGAUGUGAAAGGUGGUGGGGAUAUUUCUUCACCAACCGGUAGCGAAGGUUCAGAUUCUGGAAAGGACUCGCGAGUGGUAUCUACAAAUAGUGAUCCACAGCUGCUGAGGCUUUUUAGGUUUAAGGAUAGCAUUACCUGCCAUCAAGCAGUAUGUGACGACAACAAUUGUGUCCAAGUAGCAGUUGGUUUCUCGAAGGGAGAAAUUCUCAUUUACUUUGACGUAUUCUCAUCCAAGGCAACUUCGCUGGUCCACAAUAAGGAUGGUUUAUUUAAUAGUUCACAAGUAUCAGCUAUCUUAUGGGUCCCGGGUAGCCUCACGAGACUGGUCACUUCACACGGUGACGGUGGUCUUUUGGUAUGGGAAGCCAGAGACGGUGUAGAUGAUAAGAAUUCAUCAAACAAUAGUAGCGGCAGUUCAGCUCAAGAUGGAAACUCAAAUAUUGCAACUGAAACUAGUCUUGGCACAUUGCCCAGCUCUUCAUCUCCAACACUUCAUCGUUCAGGUACACCAAAGCAGGAACAUAAUAAGAGCCCGAAACCAGCUACUGCUUCUUCUUCUACUUCAAACUCGAAAGGUCUUCAUACUUUGACAGUUACGAGACCUUCGAGACGUAAACGACUCCAUCCUGUAUCCCAGUGGCAUUUUUGUGGUAGUCCCAUAACAGAUAUUGCAUUUUCUCCUGAUGGUUCACAGUUGGCAUUGACUUUUAAAGAUGGUUUUCUGCGAAUUUGCGACUUCUCAAGGGAACAAAUUCUGUUUUCAUUUCAGUCCUAUUUCGGAGCCCUGCUCUGUGUUUCUUGGAGUCCAGAUGGUCAGUAUGUAGCAACAGGUGGAGAGGACGAUUUAGUAUCGUUAUGGGAACCUGUUACCCGACAACUUAUCUGUAGAAUGCAAGCACACACUUCCUUUGUUUCAGCUAUAGCGUUCGAUUAUUGGCUGUGUCAUGAAGGGCAUUACAGACUGGGUUCUGCUGGUCAAGAUACAAAGCUUAUUUUAUGGGACUAUCCAGGACUAGAACCUGUUCACGUGAAAACUCAAAGAGGUUCAAGAGAUAGUUUGAAAGAGACGUCCAACGGAGACUUUUCUUUUCAAGAAGACUCAGGAUUACUUCGAGGAAGGUUUGCAGACUUGGAGAUAGAUGGACAGAAGUCCUCCCGAAAUAUUUUAAGAGCACCACUACCCCUCCGUCUUCAGCAAGGUCAGAUGGGACUCUCUCGUUCAAACUCACCUCUUUAUUCGAACCCUGGUCGUUCUCCUCGUACUAGAACUGGAAGUACUUUUUCUAAAAACUCUGUCACCAGCAAUGUCUCAGAACCGUUGGCUGUUAUUCCUGCUAGACCACGGGCUAAGAUUCCCUUCAUAGAUCCUCUUCUUGUCCAUAUUGCACAUUCAGAACCCUUGACGGAUAUGAUAUUCUUUAAGGGGGGAGUACUAACCGCUAGUUCUUCAGGACUCGUAAAAUUUUGGUCGAGACCGACACAAGCAACUUUUACAUCCAUGUCAUCGAAUGACUCAGCGUCGAGACCCUUUUUUAGAGUUUCUAUGGAGAUUCCACAAGUCGCGGUAGACACCGAGUAGGCUACAUAGCGGAUACAGCGAUUCUCUUUCAUAUAUGGAAAUAUGACCAACCUUAUGUGCAGACAUCAAGCUCACUAGAAUUUUUAAGAUAUAUUCCGGAUUUUCAACUUCACUCAACAGAUAGAGUCAAGUUGAUGAGGAUGAUGUUGUAACACAGUUUAUGAUAUUAAAUGCAUGUUAUCACCA